CGCAGUGGGAGAGGACAGUGGCGCUGGGCGCCCCUCACACCGCUUAGGCUCCGGGUCUCCGGGCCCUGGGUCUGGGAGAAGAGCGGAGCCCACUGGACCGGAUCGGGCAACCUCCUCUGUCGCUGGGAGAUCACUGCAUUGUAAUGGAAGGAUCAUGGAUUUGGAGUUAAGAAAAACUGUGCCAUCCUCUGAUUCCUAUUCUCAACAAUUAAGUGAAAAUAAUCGUUCUCUGACUCCGCCUCUUUGUAUGCAUUAACAGAUAACAACCAUAACGGUGAAGCAACUUCCACAAUGAAAUCUGAAGCCAAGGAUGGAGAAGAAGAGAGUCUGCAGACAGCUUUCAAGAAGCUAAGGGUGGACGCAGCAGGAUCCAUGGCUUCCCUUUGUGUUGGAGAGGGAGCAAGUGCCCGAGCGUCAGUUAGGACAGCUACAGAGGAGACCAAACCUAAAACCAUGUGUGCAUCUAAAGACAGUUGGCACAGUUCUACAAGAAAGGCUUCACGAGGAGUAGUGAGAACCCAGCGUCGUCGGCGUUCCAAGUCUCCAGUCCUUCAUCCUCCAAAGUUUAUACACUGCAGUACAAAGGCUGCAUCUUCCACCAGUCAGCUCAGACACAAAAGCCAAACUGACUGUCCUGACAGCAAUAGCCACCUAGGGAUUCUACCCACUAACGAGUUCAGUGCAAGGGAAUGCUCUAUUUCUUCUCUUAGUGAGGCUAAUCACACACGAGCUGUGAAAGAGCCCUUGGGGGCAACGGUUCCUGAUGGUGCAUCAGAAGGCAAAACAGAAGAAGAUUCCCCUGAUGCUGCCCUGGCCUCCCAAGCGAGUCUCAAGGCCCGUGAUCUCUCUGACUUUCAAUCAGUAUCCCAGCUAAACCUGGGCAAGCCAUGUGCAUGUGUAGGCAAGGAGUGCCAGUGUAAGAGGUGGCAAGACAUGGAAGUCUACUCCUUCUCCGGCUUGCAGAAUGUCCCUCCCUUGGCACCAGAACGAAGAUCCACCCUCGAGGACUACUCGCAGUCUUUCCAUACCAGAACUCCAUCUGGCUCACCUCGCUCGUGUUCUGAGCAAGCUAGGGCCUAUGUGGAUGAUGUAACUAUUGAAGAUCUUUCCGGCUACAUGGAAUAUUACUUGUAUAUUCCCAAGAAAAUGUCCCAUAUGGCAGAAAUGAUGUACACCUGAUAGCAAUAAGCAAAAUCGUAUGCUUUAAAACCAAUGAAGGGUUGGAAAAGUGACUUAGUUACUGGCAGACUGCUCAGCCACUCUGUGUGAGAAGAUACCUUCCUCUGCUCACUGUGCUUGCAAUAAAAACAUUUCUUUGCAUCUCAGUUAAUUUUCAUUCUUUAGACUAGUUUCCCCUCCUCUCUCCAUCCCCCUUGUCCCAAAAGAAACCCUGGACAAACAAAAAAAAAAACCCUUUCAUUUUGAAACAUCCCAAGAUGGAUCAUAGGAUUUAGAAUUGAAAGGCACCUUAAAACACCAAAUAAUCUAACCCUACCAUUUCCCCAGUCCCAGUUUUACAGAGGAAGAAACUGAGGUCCAUAAAGGCUAACUGACUUUCAGUUAAAUUCAGCAAGCAUUUAAGUGCCUACUCUGUGCAAGAAACCAUGCUAAUGUGGGUACAAGACAAAAAUGAAAAUUGGUCUCUGCCCUCAAGGAGCUUCCUUGUGCUAAGGAAUACAGACAUGUAAACAGUUAAGUAAAGCACACAAUAUGUUUAAUUUGAGGAGGGAGAGAGCACCAAGGUAAGAGGAUGCAAAAAAAGCUUCUUUAAGAUGGUACCUGGACUUUAAAGGAAACUGGAUUCUAAGGCUUGUCCAAGGUUACUCAGCUAGUGAGUGACAGCUGGGAUUUGAAUCCAGGUCUUUUGACUCCAAGUCAAUGAAGAGACCAAUCUUACAAAACUGUUGGUGGGUAAAUAUUUAAUAGCAAUGCCUUCUUUAAAAGGCAUUCUUUUUUUAGGCCUGUUAGGCAACAGAUAAUUUGGGAAAAUCUGAAUGCGUUUUGUAAAUGAUUUGAAUGAUUUUUAUGACCCAAAGAAUUCUCCAAAGAAUGAAAAGCCUUAAAAUGGAUUUACUGUCCCUGAUUUAAUUCAGUACAAGUUUUUAUGAUUUCAGAGUUUAUCUGUUGGUGUCAGGCCAUAGAUCUGUGGUUCACUAAAUAUAACACAAAAUUAUUUAGUCAGCAUCCACUGAAACCUCCCACCAGUGAUCUGUUCUGUAUUUGGUGAUGAAAUGAAAUUGCAGGCCUCAGAAAUGAAUGAUUUUGUUAGCAGUAAUGGUGUGUGUGAGGCCCCGAGUUUAUUUGGAUGAACCCACCUACUGUUUGUUUAAAUUAACUCUGCUGAGUCCCUGAUUUAGUAUGAAUACAGUGAUAUCAAGCAUCUCAGUGCAUCGUCCCACCAGGCCACUGCAGCUGGAACACAGGAACAAGAUGACCUGCUUGUUUACUGCAGUACUUAAAGCUGGAAUGGAGAUGAUGUUUUAGAAGUAACCAGGGGCUGUUAGAUUCUGCAUGGUUAUGGCCCUGCAACUUCUGGGUGUUACUGCUUUGGGCAACCUCACAAGCAGCUCAAGCUCAUUGGCUUCAGUGUUGCUACUAGAGAAAGGCAAAGCAGACAAAAGUAGGAGUGAUCUGUCUUAAGAUGGGCCACUACAUCUUUCAGUUGCUUUUUAAAAUUACAAAAAUGGAAGUCAUUUUUUUUGUAAUGUUCAAUUGUAAAUGUUGGAACAGUUUACAGGGAAUGAAGAGUACUCAGUUGUCCUGUUAGAGACAUGAAGAGAUGAAAGGAUUGAAAAUUGGAACAAGUAGUAGUUCCCAUUAAUAUUUUUCUGGUGAAGAAAUCUAGUUUUUGAUAGGGAUUUAGUUCAAAUUUGUGGAGAAAUAGGAUACAUAUCAAAAUUCAUGCAUCUCAAUGGACAUACAGGUAUCUUUGACUAUGAAGACUGCCUCUACGGUCCAGAGGAGGUUAAUUUGACCUUAGUAAAAGUCCCUUCCAGUUCUAAAUCCUAUGAUCUGUUUUCCUUUAAUGACCCCUUGAGAGAAUCAGUUCUAGGAGGACUGUUUCUUUACCAAGAUUCUAGAAUCAGUACUGUUUCUAGCAGGCAAAUCUUACGAAAUUGGAAUUCUGAUUACCCUGCUUUAAAACAUCUGGGAUUUCUGUGUAUGGCCCUCCUCUGGGUCUUGCUCUUUGUGUGCCACAUAUUACAUGCAAUCUUCCUUCUCCUGCUGCGUAUUCUACAUGAAAUAAUUAGGCUGUAAGAAUUGAAAGGAAACAGGAAAGGGUGAGGGAGGAUAUAUGGCUUUUUCCAAAUAGAGGGUUAUUGAGCCAUGAAUGGAAUAUUUGACAUUAAAGAAGAGGAAAGCAGAUAAGGGGUAAAUUGGGCUAUUGCUUUGGAAAUAGGCAAAUUCAUUACAGUUUAAAUGCUACCAUUUCCCUUUUGCUUGUAGCAGAUCACUAAAAUUCCAAAUUAAAUUUCCAAAGUGGUUCAACUCAGUUUCAUAAAUAUUUCCUCAGGGCAGGAAGAAAAAAAAGCUUGUUCUGCUUUGUAAUACAUCUGGCCAUGUGAGGUCGCCCUUUCUUCUUAAGAAAUCCAGCAAUAACAUUACUGUGGAGGUGCCCCAGGAGAACAUUAGCCCCAAAGUGGUUGAUUGCUCAUCCAUUUAACUGUAUUUUCAUAUGUUCAAAAUGGAAACAGGUGGCUAGGAACUAUGCCAAAUUUGUAAAAUCAUUUACUUAGGGUCUUUAAGAAAUUGGAGUGAGCUUUUACCAGUUAGAACAGUUUUGUUAAAGGGAAGAAAUACUAUUUUGGACUAACACUUUAGAGGGGGUAGGCAGGAGAAGGGAAUAAUAUCAAAGUAUUUAGCAUUUAAAGGAGUUCCUUUUCACUUGCUCACUAUUUUGUUUGGCAUGAUGACUUCUUAAAGUGUGAAAACUGCCUCCUGAAUAAACAUAUUUGAAACGGC